UAUAUAUCCAAAAAUGCAGAAGCAUUGAGGUAGAGCAAUCCUCAUUAAAUCUGCCUUCCAAGAACAUGGAUUUCCAGUUCCUCGCUACCAAUAUCACUACUCUGUUCCUCUUCUUCUCCGUCGUCUUAUUCAUAAGAAGAAGCUGGAAGAAAUCCAAAGACAAGAAUGAACCAGCAAACCUCCCACCCGGCCCGCCAAAGUUACCGAUAAUCGGCCACGCACACCUCCUCGGAACACUCCCUUUCCGUUCUUUCAAAACCCUGGCGAAAACCUACGGAGACAUCAUGCACUUGAAGCUCGGUGAGGUCUCCACCAUCGUCAUAUCGUCGCCUGCGAUCGCAAAAGAGGCGCUCAAAACCCGCGAUCCUAUGUUCGCGGACAGGCCGGAGAGUGUGGCUGCCAAGAUAAUGUGGUACGACUAUGUCGACAUCGCGUUUAGCCCGUAUAACGAGUACUGGAGACAAAUGCGUAAAAUAUGCAUUGUGGAACUCUUAAGUGCCAAGAAUGUUCGGUCGUUUGGCUCCAUAAGAAACGACGAGAUUGCGUUGCUCAUGCAGACGAUACGGUCGUCGGCUGGCUCUGUAAUCGACCUUACCGAGAGGAUAUUCAAGCUGACGAGCUCGAUAACGUGCAGGGCUGCAUAUGGUAAGGUGUGCAGGGACAGAGACGCCCUUAUAAAACUGAUGAACGAUUCAAUAGUUUUCGCAGGAGGGUUUAUGUUGGCUGAUUUGUUUCCCUCAUCAAAGCUGCUUAAUGUUCUAAGUUGGAAUAAGAUGAGAUUGGUGAGGAUGCGUCGUAAGCUUGAUGUGAUUCUUGACGACAUCAUCAACGAGCAUAAAGUCAAUUUAGCGCGUAUUAGGAGCACAGAGGUGUCGGAAAAAGGAGAUGUAACGAGAAGGGGAAACGGGGAGUUGGGGAAUGAAGAUCUAGUCGAUGUUCUACUACGGCUGCAGGGAAGUGGAGAGCUUAAAUUUCCAAUCGCCAACGACAACAUCAAAGCGGUCAUUUAUGACAUGUUCUCGGGUGCAACCGAAACAUCAUCAUCAACGCUGGAUUGGGCGAUGGUGGAACUCGUGAGGAACCCACGCGUGAGGGCGAAGGCACAAGCUGAAGUUAGACAAGCCUUCAAAGACGGCAGAAGCAUUGAUGAAAAUGAAGUUGGAAAGUUGAAGUACCUGAAGCUGGUGGUGAAAGAAGUUUUAAGGCUACAUCCUGCAACUCCUUUAGUCCCCAGGGCAUCCAGGGAAGACUCUGAAAUCAAUGGCUACUAUAUACCUGCCAAGACUAAAGUUCUGGUUAAUAACUGGGGUAUGGGAAGAAAUCCCAACUACUUUCCCAAUGCAGAAAGCUUUGAACCGGAGAGGUUCGAGAGCAACGGUAUCGACUUCAAUGGAGCUAACUUCGAGUACUUACCCUUUGGGGCGGGGAAGAGAAUGUGCCCGGGCAUGACCUUCGGCUUAGCAAGUGUUGAGCUUCCUUUAGCCCAUUUGCUGUACAACUUCAACUGGGAACUUCCCAAAGGAAUUAAGCCAAGUGAUUUGGACAUGACAGAGAACCCCGGAAUAAGUGCGCCAAGAAAACACCAUCUUCACAUAGUUGCUACUCCUUAUGAUCCUUCUCCUUGAGAAAUAAGACACAUGAAAGAUUCAUGAUGAAAUUAUUAUACCUCCGGAUGAUCUUUCUUGUAAUUCAAAUAAAUUCCAUGAUAAUGGUUUUGAUCAUCUAAUAUAUCUUUCCUCACAUUGUAAAACUGUGUUAAUCGUUCAUACAGAAUAAAAGUUGAGUGUUUUUCAAUAGGCA